UCCUCCCGACGAGCCGGUUUUCUUCAAGCGCGAGAUUAUUCUCCAAGGGAGGUAAGGUGUCGGGUCGGCUGGCGAUGGGGGCGGAGCUGCGGCGCGACGACAUGGAGGUGGCGGAGGAGGACAUCAGCGACUCCCAGGCGUUCCGGUUCGUCGAGCACGUGCUCCAGUCCGUGCGGAUGACAAAAUGGGGGCGUGCAGUGAGUUACCUAGUACUGCUUUCAAGUUCGAAAUCCAAGGGUGUUUUGAAGAUGUGAUGAAAUGCGGCAGAUGCAUGAACCAUGCGGAGUUAGGGAAAUACAAAGGAUCCUUUUCAAGUUGAUCUAAGGGACAAAGAAGAGUAUGAUAGCUUGCUAAGUAUUGUAGACUCUUCAAAGAAAAGGAGUUACGAUGACGAGGCUUUGCUAGUGACAACUUUGAAAGCACUAUCAGAAGCAGUGUCCAAGAUAGAUAUCAUGUACCAUCAUGCUCUUUUGAACAAUAUAUUUACGAUGUCUAUCUGGUACUUGAACAGCGAUACAAGGGAUGCUCUUUUGUCAUUAAUCACCAGAUUGGCUGCAGUGGCAGAUCAGUUCUUAAGAGAGUGUUUGCAGAUGCUUGUGAACAACUUCACUCCACCUGGAUCACUUACUGCUUUCAUCGGCCAACCGAGAUGGCUUGCAAGGAAGAAGGAAAUCUAUUCUCAGUUGCAUGAGAGUUUGAGAAUGAUCUCUGAUACUGUACCCUUAGCACCAAGGAUGUUAAAGGAUAUAAUAGAUAGGAGUAUGCCGAAGUUAUUUGACAACAAAGCUAAGAUGGUUUCGUUUGUUGAGUGCAUGUUGGGUCUUGAUAAUGAUAGGAUGGGCGACCUCAUUGGAGCACUAUUGCUGGCGAAAGUUGUGGAUCUACUGACUGAAUUGGAUGUUAACAUAACUUGGGAAGAUAUACUCCAAGAUGAACAUAACAAAGGUAUAUUUGAUAUGGAGCUUGAAGAUUUGGGUGAGGAUGAGGACAGCCUUGGACAAGAAGGAACAAAGGCCCUUUUUGGAGGAAAUGCUUGUGCUGAAAAGCUUGAUGGUUUAAUGGUUGUUUUUUGUGAGCACCUCAAGUCAUGUAAAGAACAUGGUCGCUUACCCCAGGAGUUUGACAUUCUGAAGACUAUCUUUCGAGCAUCUGUGCUAAGGGUGCACAAAUCCAAAUUUGCACAGUUUAUCAUGUUUUAUGCCUGCUCACUGGAUCCUGAAAUCUGUGGCCUUGAAUUCGCUCUCUUCCUCUCUGAUAUCUUUAUUAAAAAGGAAGAGGAUUCAAUUUCUAGAAUGUCUGCAGUUUCAUAUGUUGGAAGCUAUUUGUCUCGGGCAAGGUUCAUUUCUGCUGAUACGGUGGUUGGUAUACUCAAAAGGUUAGUGGACUGGUGUGUUGACUAUUGUGACCUCCAGAACAACAUAAGGAUAACAACCAAGCCUAUAAAUCAUCAAAUAUUUUACGCAAGCUGUCAGGCAGUCAUGUACAUCCUGUGCUUUCGCUUAAGAUCUAUUAUGGACUACCCAAAUCUUAAGGCACAGCUUUUUAACAUGCCAUUUGGAUAUAUCUUGACACACCCACUGGAACCUUUAAAGGUUUGCUUGCCAUCGAUAGUUGAUGAGUUCCUGAGGCAGGCCAAGGCUGCCAGGUUGUUCAAUGCAUCUGUCCAUUCAGAAUUUGAAGAUGCGCUUGAAUCUGAUUUGUCCAAAACUUUUGGAGGAAUGAAUAGACUUGACAUGUUCUUCCCAUUUGAUCCUUAUCUGCUAAAAGAAUCCGACAGAUAUAUGCGUCCAAAUUUUGAGUACUGGUCCAUGGUCAAGACGACAUACAACAAUUAUAACAGUGAUGUUGAUGAUGAGCUAGUGGACCUCGAUGCACCUGAAAUGAAUGUCGGCAGUUUAGAUGAUCAUGUUGAGAUAGAUCUCAACAGUGAUGAUGACUUGGAAUACUCCAUGAACAAGAUGUCCAUAACGCCGAACCGCUCUUUCUUUCAUCAAAUUAUGGCAAAUAGUGACACUGGCCUUACCAUGCCUGCGAGGAUCAGACCAUCAAUAAGCCCCCCAUCAUAAUGGGUCCAAAGAUCAUCGCCGCCGCCAACUUGUUGUUCACUUCACAAAAGAAACAGCCGUAUGCUGGGAGUGCAUUAGGAUCCAGCUUGUAUAAGAGUACAAGUAUCGGAUAGAAUUGGAGCUUUACUUCAUAGCUGGUAGAAGGGUCGAACGACCCAUCUUUUGCGAUGUAUCCAGCCCAAAUAGGUUAGUUGUUGGGAUGAAAUGUGAAGUACAGAUGUGUUAUUAAAAACGAAGCGGGAGUGGUUGUGACUAUAGACUAGCAGGUAGCCCUCUGGUAUGUAAAAGACAGGCCUGUUUUGAUGUAGAACGAUUUACCAAUAUUUUUUAUAUCGGAACAGCAGCUGUCUAACUUUGAUACUAGAUUUGGUUGGUCGGUGCUGUUUCCUGAA